CCAUCUUGAUUCUUCCGCGAGGGCCGGAGGGGCGUGUCUUAGGUCCCCCUUGGCGGGGGUAAUUUGGGAAGUUUGCCUUCCUGAUUCUUAUGAUAACCCUUCCCUGGCGACGGCGACCCCCGGGAUAGACCGUAGGCCAGGCGUCGGGGUCGGACAUGGUGGCCCUGCGGUUGGAGCCGAGGGUCGCGGGCGUCUGCUGGGUUGGCACGUCGUAAGGACGGAAUCCACGUCUAUACCCUACUCUCCCUGCCCACCCGCUCCCUCUGUGUGGCGUCGGUUUAGACAAACCAGUGAUGGGGGUGAUGAGGCGAUGACAUCGUUUCUUCCCCAGAUCAUGGAGGACACCCAGGCUGUUUGCUGGGACGAUGAUGAUGAUGAGGAGGAGGACAAGAAGCAGCAAGAGGGGACAGAAGGAUCCAGGGAACCCCUGCAGUGUAAACUGGAGCCUGUAGGGCAGCUGCACAUCUUCAGCAGUACCCAUGGACCAGAAACAGAUUUCCCACUCUACCUUGGCAAGAAUGUGGUCGGCCGAAACCCUGACUGCUCUGUGGUCCUGCCUUUUCCAUCCAUCUCCAGAUGCCACGCGGAGAUUAAAAUUUCAGCUUGGGACAAGGCACCUCUUCUCCAGGAUUGUGGGAGCCUCAAUGGUACUCACAUUAUCAGGCCUCCUAAGGCCCUAGGCCGUGGGGUGAGCCAUCGUCUGAGAGACCAGGAAUUUUUUCUGUUUGCCAACUUGCCCUGCCAGUACCGUCACCUAAAUGUCCCGCUGCACUUGGUCUCCCGGGGCCCUCUCCUCAUAGAGGAGACCCCCAGACUACAGGGAAGAUCCCAGUCUUCCAGGGUUCUGUUGGCGGAGGACUCAGACGAGGAAAGGAGUUUUCCUUCAGGAAGGCGUGUGGUAAAUGGAUCAAGGACCGUGUCCUCCCCUACAGCAACAGUAGUUCCAGAAAGUGAUGAAGAGGGGCCUUCUCCAGAUGUCUCUGGGUCAUGUUUGGCCUUCAAGAUGGACAGUGACACAGAGGAAGAACUAGGUCAGCAAUCAGGAGUCGGGGCGGCCCCUGCAGAGGCGGGAAGGGCAACAGGCAUCCAGCUGGUAAACAUUCAGCCUACCAAGCAGAGGUCCAAAGACACAAAAGUCAAGAGGAAGGCAGGCAGCGGUGUGGCUGUUGGUUCCAUCCUGGAGAGGUGCUCCCAUCUUGGGCAGGACAGUGACACAGAUGUGGAUGAAGAGCACCAGCCUUCUGGCUUUGUGGACAGUGAUACGGAUGUGGAACAGAUCCCUGCCACCCCAGUUGUAGUUCCUGUGAGGAAGAGGCUGGCCCUGCAUGGAGUCAGUACCAGGGGUCCUGGAGCAUCCGCUGUGGCACAUCUACAGGACAGCCCAGCUGGUGGUGUCAGGGACAUGGAGGAGGGUGCGGCCCCUCACGCCAGUACUUUGGAGAGAAGCCACAUCACUGUGGUGAUCAGCAGCGACACAGAUGAUGAGGAAGCAGCCUCAGUGGCACUCACCUUGGCCCAUCUGAAAGGGAGCAGUGCUGGAGCUGCUUCGUGGAGCAGAGAUCCAGCUGUGGGGGAGGCCCAGCUGCAGGUCCUGCAGCAAAGCCAAAGUGCCUCUGGCAGAGACAGUGACACAGACGUGGAAGACGAGGGACCGCCAGGGUGCAAGAAAGAGACUGUCCCCAACCACCCCGUGGACAGAGGUGGGGCCCCUGUCUUAACACACACAUCAAAAGAGAGCCGGCAUCCCCAUAGGCCCAGUGAUAUAGAUAAGGAUGUGGAUGUGAGCAUCCCUGGGAGCCAACUAGAGAACACCCAGGCCUCCUUGGCCAUGAUAGGCAACCAUGCAGAAAUGGAGGAGGAAGUCCAACCAGGGCGAGCUGUCCCUCUAGGAGAGAAGUACCAGGUGCCUGUGGAGGGGACACACCAAACAGAUGCCUCCUGGGAAGGACUGGAAAACAGAUGUGGCGAAAGGCCUGUUCUCAGUAGUGGCAGGUAUAAGAAACAGCUUCCAGCAGCAGGGGAUGCUCGGACAGAGUGGGCUCCAGCUGUUCUUGAGCAGGAGAGUACUCUUCAGGAGGGGGCACAAGGCAGGUCACCUGUGGCACCAGUAGAGCAGGUGGUGGUGUACACAGGCACUCCAGGGGAACCUACCCAGCCACAGAGAGGGGGAACCCAGACCCCCACAGGAAGGGAGAGAGAAGCACAUGUGGGGGGGACUAAGAACUGCACAGACCACUGUGAUGAUUCUGAAGAUCUGUGCCUUCCAGAGACCCAGUGCUUUGUGAAGAGGGAGAGGGAGAGCCCAGAAGCAGUCCCGAGCUUGGAAGAUGAGCCAACCCAAGCCUUCCUGUACGUUCUCCCCCAGGAGCUUGACAGUUCCCACUGCAGGUUGCGGACUCCAGGUCCAGGUGCCUUGGGUGUGCCUUGGGAAGACUUGGCUACACAGCCAUUUGAUCCGAGUGAAUUUGAUGCUGAGCCCCAGCCCACUGCCAUUCACCCUGAAGUUCAUGGAUCUCUACCUAGGGCACCACCACAACACCCAAAUCUGGUUUAUACCAGCCAAGUUCACACAGAGCCAUUGGGGAUUCAAGGCAGCGAGAUGCAGACUAUGGAGAAAGCCAUGGGUAUACCAAAGGAAACAGUAGAGAGGGUGACCCCUGGCAGAGGGCCACCGGAGAGGGAAAUGAGGGAAAGACCACCAGAUACGGAGCAAGAACAUGUGAUGGGAGAAGAACUAACUUGGGGGACAGAGGACAGGUUGCAGAAGCAGGUGUUCACUGGAGACAGACAGACACAAGAGUCUGACAGGGUGAAGAGUGGGAAUCCUGAAGGGGAUAGGGAGAGCAUGAAGGUAGAAACAGAGACGGCCAAAGACCAGCAAGAGGGAGAGGGACCAGGACCGGAGAGAAAGGGGAAGCCAGCUGGGCCAGAAAGGACCCUGGCUAGAAGGCCAACGAUGGAAAGGAGUCAUGAUCAAGAAGGGCAGGUUACCAGUCCAACGCCAGAGCCUGAAGUUGGGGCAGAGGAACUUGAGGGACUUGCUUCAACCCUGGUAGUUUCUGGGAGCCAGGGAGAUGGAGGAAAGGGAGACCCUGUGAGCCCUGGGAGGAAGCAGAGAGGCCAGUUAAGUUGCAAGAUGCCAUCUGCUGCUAAGAAGGGUUGUCGAGAAUCCCCAGCUCCACGCCUGCUUCCUACGGUGCCUGGCACCUCAGCCCCACCCCAGAGUACCUCUCAGAUCCAAAAGCAUUCUGCACCUCAGCCUUUGAUUUCUCCCUCUUCCCCUUCUGAGCAGCACCUUUGUGAGACUCCUCACAUAAAGCCUAAUGUUGGGUCCCGGCGGUCCUCCAGGAUAACCUCUCCACCUUCCUCUGCUGCCUCACCCACAGACCAGCCUGCUGCCCCUAGGCCCAUAUCUCGGGCCACUAGGGGCAGAGCAACUAGGUUCUCCAUCAGGACCCCAGAACCAAUUGUUCCCACAAACUCUGAGCUCCAGCUUCCUGCCUCCACAGACCAGCCUGUCAUCCCCAAACCUCCAUCUUGGAGGGUUACUAGGGGCAGGACAAGUAGGUCCUCUGUUAAGACUCCUGAGCCAGUUAUCCCCACAGGUCCCGAAAUCCAGCCUCCCAUGUCCAUAGACCAGCCUGUCACCCCUAACCUUAUAUUUUGCAGUACUCGGGGCAGGCCAAGUAAGUCCUUUGUUAAGACCCCAGAACCACUUGUCUCCUUUGACCCCAAACUCCAGCCUCCCACCUCCACAGACCAAACUGCCAUUCCCAAAUCCACAUCUCGGGUCACUCGGGUCAGGACAAAUAGGUCCUCUGCUAAGACUCUGGAGCCAGUUGUACCCAUAGGUCCUGAGCUUCAGCCUCCCACCAGCACAAACCAGCCUGUCACCCCAAACCUCACAUCUCAGAGUACUCGGGGCAGGCCAAGUAAGUCCUCUAUUGAGACUCCUGAACCAGAUGUUCCCACAGCCCCUGAAUUCCAACCUCCUAUCCCCAUAGGCCAGCCUGUCAUCCCUGAGGCCACAGGUCAGAGCAGGACACUAAAGUCUUCAUCCCUAAAUACUGCCCCCGUCUCCACCCCCACUGAACAGCCCCCUGUCGCCACAGCCAAGCCUGCUCCCCUGGACCCUGUUGCUCAGGUCAGUCAUGGCAGGAAGCGGAGGGCUGCUGGAAAGCAGGGCUCCCACACAGUUCCCAUCAGCCGCAAGCCUUGCUCCAUACUCUCUGAACCUGAGUCCCAGCCCUCAACCCAGCAAAGCUUGGGAGCCAAGCCCCUUGCAGCCACUCCUGAGCCUGCUGGUCCCCAGCUUCCUGAGACCCUGACUCACGCUCAAGCUGCCCUGAUCCAGAACCAAACAGCAGUGCUCACUCCAGAGCUCAAGCCUGAGGCCUCAGAAAUCCUCAAGAGACUUUCCACUACCACAGACUCACUACCACUUCAAAAACAUCCCCGAAGAGAAGUCUCCCAGAAAACUCUGUUCCCCAAGGAAGAAGAUGUGGGCAAGUUGUCCAUUAAAGAAGAGGUGUCGAUUAAGGAAGAGCCUCAGGAUCAAGCAAUUCCAGAGCCAGGGAAGAGAAAGCGGGACCAUGGAGAGGACGAACUCCAGGGGACCUCGAAUCGCAGCCUCCGAAGGACCAAACCUAACCAAGAAGCAGAAGCCCCCAAAGUGCUCUUCACUGGCGUCGUGGACUCUCGUGGGGAGCGGACUGUGCUAUCUCUGGGAGGCAGUGUGGCCAGCUCAGUGAAUGAGGCCUCUUACCUGGUCACUGAUCGCAUCCGAAGGACAGUCAAGUUCUUGUGUGCCCUGGGCAGGGGGAUCCCCAUCCUCUCUCUGAACUGGCUGUAUCAGUCUCGAAAGGCUGGUUACUUCUUGCCCCCUGAUGAAUACUUGGUGACUGAUGCUGAGCAGGAAAAGAACUUUAACUUCAGCCUUCGGGACUCCCUGAACCGGGCUCAGGAGCAAAGACUACUGCAGGGCUAUGAGAUUCAUGUGACCCCCGGAGUGCAGCCACCCCCACCUCAGAUGGGAGAGAUCAUCAACUCCUGUGGAGGCACAGUCCUGCCCAGCAUGCCCCGCUCCUACAAGCCUCACCGCGUUGUCAUAACAUGCGCCCAAGACUUACCUCGCUGCACCACCCCAUCUCGGCUGGGGGUGCCCCUUGUCUCUUCUGAGUUCCUGCUGACUGGAGUGCUGAGGCAGGAAGCCACACCAGAAGCGUUUGUCCUCUCCAGUUUGGAAACACUACCCACCGGAAAACACACGGACACACACAGAGACACAACACACACACAGACAUAACACACACCACCCACCUGAAAACACAGACACACACACAGACACACACACACACACACACACACACACACACACACACACAGCUUCAGAAAAGAACUGGAAUGUUUGGGAACAUGGAUAAGGCCAGAAAGAUAAGAAAGGUUUUCUCCUUAGAUGGCCAUCUUUUUUUUUUUUUUUUUUUUUUUUUUUUUUUGUCUUUGAGACGGUCUCCCUAGACGGCCCAGCACUUGAACUUGCUAACCCAAGCUGUGGGUGUAGCUCGGUGGCAAAGCUCUUGCCUAGCACCAGUGAGAAAUGCCCAGGUUCUGCCCCAGCACAGGCAGGCUCAUAUGCAGCCACACUAGUGACCUGCUGUUCACAGCCCAGCAUCCUGCCUCCCAUUUGGAAGCUAUUGCUUCCUCUUUUUCUUCCUGAGAUUCUUAUCCUCAAAGGAAGUGAGGCGCUUUCAGGGAUGCCUGAGAGAGAUGAUGAGAGGGUGGUUAUGGAAUGUAUUUUCCUGGCCUGCCUCACCUGCUUGGAAACAUCCUUUAGCUGUGACUUAGAGCAAGUGUCUGUACUUUCCUGGCCUGCCUUCCCAGUAUUUGUAGAAUGAGGCCUUUGGUUGAUCUCCGUGGUAAUACUCACCCUGUACCUUAUGGUCAAUGUCUGGUGUUUAAAACACAAAAGAGCCGGGUAUGGUGGUACACACCUCUAAUCUCAGCACUCGGGAGGCAGAGGCAGGCAGAUUUCUGUGAGUUCCAGGCCAGCUGGGACUACAGGGAGGCCCUGUCUCAAAAAGAGAAAGAAAAAGUUAAAUGGUACAGGGGCAAACACCUGUGACACCAGCACACAGGAGGUUGAGGCAGGGAGAUGACAGGUUCCAGGGCAGCCUGGGCUACAGAGUGAAAAAGAGAAGGAAAAAGUGAUAGGGUUCCUGUGGGACCCAACAAUAUUGCUGUCAGUUCUGGGCCCAGGAGAAACAUUUAAGCAAGUGCAUGGCCAGGCCUGGUAGUGCAGGCCUAUAACCCCAGCAGUUGGAGGUAGAGAAAGGGUCAGGAGUUCAAGGUCAGCUUUGGCUACAUAGCAAAUUGGAGACCAGCCUGGCUUACAUGAGACCCUGUGCCAAAAAAAGAAGCAAGCACUUGACAUAAAUGUUUAUGUCACCACCACCCCUCUCCCCAGUGCUGUGGAUUGAACCUAGGGCCUAAUGCAUGCUAGGCAAACUGAGCCUUAUCACCAGCCUCUCAUCAGUUUUCAAAAUAGCCAAAAAGAUAGACAUCCUGCAGGUGUUCAGCAAGGGUGGAUAUAUAAGCAAAUAUGUGCGCAGAAAGGGAUAUUGUUCAGCAUAAAGCAAUGGGGAGCCAAGACCACCAGCAUAACAGUUUCUGAAUAAGUAUCAAAAAUAUUUCCUAAGUAAAAGCCAGACAGAGGACAUGCAUGAUUCCACUUAGUGAGCUGUAAAUGGGUGAGAAUCGAGAGCAGAUGGGCAAUUGGGGGUUAACUGGGAGCAGGGCAGGGGUUGCUGCGUGGAGGUUAACUGGGAGGUGGAGAUGUCUUGGAACCAACAAGAGGGAGUGGUCGUACAUUCUGCAGAGUACAAUAUGCCACUGUAUUGAAUGUCUCUUAAGUGGUUGGUUUUCUGCUGUUUGAAUUUCACUUCAAUAAAAAUACUCGCAGCUGCUUA